AUGGAGCACCCUCCGAACAGCGGUGACGACCCCGAUGCGUGGAGGAUGAUACGCUUGUACGAUGACGGCAAGGAGAGCUUCUGGGGUGAGGCGAGCUUCCCGCUCAAGCCCGGCGGCACGUACGAUUUUCCGUGGCACAACGCGCCGCGGCGGCAAAUCAUCGUCUGCCUCAACUCCAAGACCGAGGUCACAACCGGGCGCGGCGAGAAGCGCACAUUUGGCACUGGCGAUUGCGUGCUAGCGGAGGACACGCAGGGGCAGGGCCACUGCACCAGAUGUACGGAUGGGGAGGGCCGCUGGAGCAUCUUCCUCUCGCUCCCGGACGAGGAUGAUGCCGUCGUGCGGCUCCCAGACCGCCGCGUCGCGUGUGCGUUUGUGCUCGGCGUCACUGUGGGCUCGCUCGCGGCCGCCACCGCACUCGGCCGCCACCGAGGCUGA